ACAGAACCCGACCGGCCCUCCUCCUCCUCCCCCUUUCUGGAUCCUGAUCCGUGCAGGCAUCUCCCCGAUCAGAUCAGCGUCUCCUCUCCUCCCCCCGCAUCAGACCGCCGGCGGCCAUGGCGACACGGUACUGGAUCGCGUCGCUGCCCGUGCAGUCCCCCGGCGCCACCACCAGCUCGCUCUGGUCGCGCCUGCAGGACAGCAUCUCCCGCCACUCCUUCGAUACCCCGCUCUACCGCUUCAACGUCCCGGAUCUCCGCGUCGGCACCCUCGACUCCCUCCUCGCCCUCAGCGACGACCUUGUCAAGUCCAACGUGUUCGUGGAGGGCGUGUCACACAAGAUCCGGAGGCAGAUCGAGGACCUCGAGCGAGCCGGAGGGGUCGAGAGCGGGGCGCUAACCGUCGACGGCGUGCCCGUUGACACCUACCUCACCAGGUUCGUGUGGGAUGAAGGCAAGUACCCCACAAUGUCUCCACUCAAGGAGAUCGUCGGCAGCAUCCAGUCACAGGUCGCCAAGAUUGAGGAUGACAUGAAGGUUCGAGCAGCGGAAUAUAAUAAUGUAAGGAGCCAGCUUAGUGCAAUCAACAGAAAGCAAAGUGGGAGCUUAGCAGUUCGUGAUCUAUCCAACCUGGUAAAACCAGAGGAUAUGGUAACCUCAGAACAUCUAGUAACACUUCUUGCUAUUGUUCCAAAGUACUCCCAAAAAGACUGGUUGUCGAGCUAUGAGUCACUUGACACAUUUGUGGUACCGAGAUCAUCUAAAAAGCUUUACGAGGACAAUGAGUAUGCUCUCUACACUGUAACUUUAUUUGCAAAGGUUGUUGACAACUUCAAGGUCCGUGCUCGUGAAAAAGGUUUCCAGGUCCGCGAUUUUGAGUAUAGUCCUGAAGCACAGGAAAGUCGGAAGCAAGAGAUGGAAAAGCUACUGCAAGACCAGGAAACUAUGAGGACCUCUCUCCUGCAAUGGUGCUAUGCCAGCUACAGCGAGGUGUUCAGUUCCUGGAUGCACUUUUGUGCUGUGCGUGUCUUUGUAGAGAGCAUUCUUAGAUAUGGUCUGCCACCGUCAUUCCUGUCUGUUGUUCUAGCACCAACUGCGAAGAGUGAGAAGAAAGUAAGGGGCAUCUUAGAGGAGCUUUGUGGCAAUGCCAAUAGUAUUUAUUGGAAAUCCGAAGACGAAGUCGGCGUUGCAGGUCUGGGAGGUGAAACAGAAGCCCAUCCUUACGUCUCCUUCACCAUAAAUUUUGUCUGAACGCAGUGUGUUCCUUGCUGUCUGUGGUCAGGCAAUAUUUACAAGCAAUUUGAGUAAUCUAAAACCAAUGAAUGGUUCGUGUAUAUUACCUGUGAUACGCCAAUUCUUUGUUGAUUUAUCGGUUUAUUUGAUCCUGUAACUUAUAUCCUAGAGAUCAGCCGAUCAAUAAUGUAGCUUUCUGGAACCUAAAAUAUGCUGUGGCAAAAGAAGGGACUCCCCGGACCUAUUUCCCUACGAUAUUGCACCUGUUAGCUCUCUGGCAAUAUUGGAGCUUGAGAGAGAGCACCUUGUAAGCUUUUGUGGAUACCUGUUUUUGUAACAUUGAACUACCCGGUUUACAAUAAAGGCAUGGCAAAUAAUUCAGAUC